AACAACAUGAUGGCGUGUUUGAUGGGGGGAAGGUGGUUGACGGCGGCUCGCGCUGCUGCUGCUGCACCUGCUGUUGCUGUUGCAAAGGCAGCGUGUGUGCCGUGCUUGCUUGUGGCUUCCCGUGCUGCCAGUAAGAAGGCUGGCGGCUCCACCAACAAUGGCAGGAAAACGGCCGGCAAGCGCCUCGGCAUCAAGAAAUCAGAAGGGUGCGCUGUGGUUUCUGGAAACAUUGUUGUGCGACAGCGAGGAACAGACGUCCACCCGGGCCUCAACGUCGGCAUGGGCCGUGACCACACUUUGUAUGCACUGACCGAUGGCUUUGUUAAGUUUACCCGCACGCGUGACGGCCCAAACAAGCGCAAGUAUGUUCACAUCCUGGACAAGCGGGGUGAGAUGCCCGCCUUCUUGUGAAAACCGCUUGCGCUGUGUCGUGUGCUGUAUCGUGAGCUGUUGUUUGUGCAGUGCUGUGGAGUUCUGUAGUGUUGUGGGGGUGCUGUGUAGUGUUGUGUGCUUCUUUUCCGAUCAUGCCAACCCUCGUCCCAAUGCGUAUGCGUCAUUCUGUGUGCCUGUGUGUCUGGGCGUGUGUGCCUGUGUGUCGAGUGUCCAAUGAACAGUGACAACUCCAGCAUCCUAUCGUCUCUGUCAUCAUCAUGGUGUCGUUGUACUGCAUUGUAACCAUGUGUUGCGCGCCAACCGGAGGGUCAAGAAAGAGACAGGGAGAUGUGUAUGUGUGUGUAUAUUGUGUGUAUGUGUGUGUGUGUAUUUGCGAGUGGGCGCGGGCAGUAAAUCGAUGGGGCAAUCGCCAAGCCC